GGUCUCCUGAUGAACUCUAGUCAUUAAAACAGCGAUUCCAUCCGUAUGUAGUAGAAUUGUGCAGCUCGUGUCGUUGUCGAUAGUUUUGCAUAACGGUACUGCGAGCCGCUUAGCCGUGCUCUCGUGUGCCCGACCUGUGUCUCACCGAACGAGUUCAGUCGCCGAUGCAUGCCGUGCCUGAAACCCGCAGAAUUACGCUUUGUUCACGACCCUCUUACAAGAUGGCUGUGGCAGUACUUGUUUCCAUUGCAAUUUACUCUCGGUGUACUAGGAAACAUAUUGAAUUUAUGCGUCUUAGCUUCAGAUGAAACUUCCAACGUUGCAAGCGAUUUGCUUGCCGCUGUAUCGUUUUGCGAUUUGGCGUUUCUUCUAGUCAUGCUACCGCAUGCUUUAUCGUCGUAUGAUACCUUAGCUUUCAACGACAAUUUCCGCUUUUUCUAUUUGAAAAGUAAACAGCACAUUGCGGCCGUUGCAAAUUGGAUGAGCGCGGCAGCCAUCUGGCUCAUCUUAGCUGUGUCCGUUGAGCGUUUCUUAAUAGUUCGAUCGCCAUUACGUUCGAAGCUAUAUUGGCAGAGAGGAAAAAUGGUGCUCGUAUUGAGUUCGAUCUUCUUUGCCACAGGUUUGCUUACUCUUUAUCAUCACUUCGAGUACGAUUGCACACUGAUGGAAUUUUGCAAUGGAAGCCAACUAAUUGAUUUUUGCUAUUAUGCGGGCGAAAAACAUCCAAGAACAUUCCUCAAAAAAGAACUGAUCCUUCCAAGCGAGGUAAAGAAAGUUUAUAUGCGGGUAAUGACUAUAUUCAAUGCUGUUUUGGUUGUCUUUGCACCAAUUGUAUUUGUUAUUCUUUUAAACAUGUUAAUGAUAAGGGAACUACAUUACAGUGAUAAGACUUUGCUGGAAACUUUUCGCGGUUCAAUCACCAGAACGCAACAUCGACAACGUCGUCGUGUAACAAUCACAGUUAUUGCGAUUGGUUUAUGUUUCUCAUUAACCCAAGGACCAUCCGCGGUUAUGGUAAUCUGGGAGCUGUUUGCUGGUUAUGCACAUCUAGGAGCGACAUUUUAUGCGAUUUUCAGCAUUACGAAUAGCCUCGUCGUAACAGGGAAAACCAUCAAUUUCAUAUUGUUCUGCCUUUCAUCGGAGCAUUUUCGCCGAAAGUGCUUCAUACUUUUGUUUCGAAAAUUUCCGAGGUUAUCGCAGAGCAGUAUUGGCCAACGGUUAAGCGCCUAUACGAGGAGUAAUUCGACCGAUGUACGAGGCUCUUUGCGAACUUUGCGAUCCUAUCGACGCAGCUCUGUGCCUGCACUCCGCGAACAAAGGGAAAGCACACAUAUACCGGAAAUUCAGACACUCGUCACCAAAACUGAUUGAGCGUUUUGUAUAUAGUGUUUUUGUUGAUGUUUUAUCUUUGAGCUUUCGAUAAAUUAUCCCUAGGU